AUGGCCUCGAAAUCGGCUUAUGGGUUCCUCAAAGAGGUUGAGACGCUUGUCCUCGUCAUUGCCGACCUCGCGGCUGUGGACCCACCAACCUCGUCGCGCUCGUGGUGGAACGACAACGGCGACUGGUACCCCAUCGAGAGGGGCCGCAUGCGCGGAUGCGUAGCGCCUCAUUGUCAGUACAUCACCGGUUUUGGCGACGAAACGUAUGGUCUCGAGGAGCUCGGGAUGCGGUGUAGCAUGCUCUCGAUUGAAGAGUAUAAGGACAGUAUCGGGGAGGAGGCGUACUGGAUCGAGAUGGGCGAAAUGGGCGCGCCAAGGCUGCUAGCACUGUGCCAGUGCAUGUAA